GGCACCGGCAUGCGCACAUACAGUAGCUGAGCAGUAGUACUGGAGGAUGGCCCAAGCUCAAACAAAAAAGGAAAGAUAAAAAAAGAAAAAAAGGAAAAGAAGGCCGCGGUUUCCUCGCAAUAUGUAUGUAAUCAAAUAGCUGUCAAGUUUUCAGGUCUACGUCGUAUGUGUUGCACAGUUGAUAGAUCGCGGUGGUGAUUUUCUUCCAAUCGGCGUUCGGUGUCGGGGGCCUCUGAGAAGUUCACAAUGUUUUCAAGAACUGCAGCUCCUUGUUUACGGUCCAUCCGACCAUCACUAAACCGAGCGCAUGUACAAUGCGGCAGCAAGAUCCAGCGCCGUCGCUAUUCUAUGCCCUCCAGUGCUGCUCCAGCCGGUAGCUCCCCAAGCUCAGUUGGCAUGCUGGCCCCCUUCGCCAACGAGCUCGACAAGAUCGCUCCCUCAUUCCAAGUCCACGGAUCGCAAAUCCAGGUCAUCAAGACGCCCACGGAUUUCUACGAAACAUUAAAGUCCAAGAUACGCGGCGCAAAGAGGCGAAUCUUCUUGUCCACGCUCUACAUUGGCAAGACCGAGAAAGAGCUGAUCGCCACUUUACACCAAGCACUCAGAGCGAACCCGGAGCUCACGUUGAGCAUUCUCACCGAUGCACUGCGAGGAACACGAGAAGCACCUAAUCCAUCAUGCGCUUCACUGCUUGCGCCGCUCGUUACAGAGUUUGGCCCCGAGCGAGUCGAGAUUCGCAUGUAUCACACACCAAAUCUGACCGGCCUGCGCAAGCAGCACAUACCUAAGCGAAUCAACGAGGGAUGGGGCCUUCAACACAUGAAACUAUACGGCAUUGACGACGAGAUUAUACUGUCCGGCGCCAACCUGUCUUCCGACUAUUUCAGCAAUCGCCAAGACCGAUACCACCUCUUCUCUUCGGCAGAAAUCACCGAGUACUUUGGCCGCCUAUACCAAGGUGUCACAUCGCUUAGCUUUUUAGUUGAACCUAGUAAAGAGCCAUCCGGCUUCAACCUCGUCUGGCCCGCCACGAACGCCUCGCCUUCCCCUCUAGAUAAUCCCAAGCAAUACGUCUCCAAGUCGACUGCGAUUCUCAGCGCGCUUAUAGACCCGCGACAAGCCCUCCCUGCCGCUCGAUCCAAGGGGGACGCACCCGAUACGACGAUCUAUAUGCUUGCGCAACUAUCACAGCUACUGAAGCCAAACACGUCGACAGAGUUGCCAGCCGUAACUCACGUUCUCAAAACACUGGCUGCACCCCAAUAUGAUGGCUCUUCUUGGACAUUCACGGCUGGUUACUUCAACCCGGCGCCUUCUUUGACCAACCUACUGAUGGCUACUGCAUCAUCCAACUGUACCGUCAUCACAGCGUCACCACAAGCGAAUGGUUUCUAUGGCUCCAAAGGUGUCUCUGGUAUGCUGCCAGAUGCAUACACCCUCCUUGCACGCCGUUUCCUGGACGCCGCCCACAAGCAGAAGCGUGAGGCUGCUAUUGUGCUUAAGGAGUGGCGAAAGGGCACUGUUGGCGAGCCAGAGGGAUGGACAUACCACGCAAAGGGUUUAUGGAUUACCCUACCGAAAGAGGAGAACCCUGCCAUCAGCAUUAUUGGAAGCUCAAACUACACGAAACGUAGUUACACGCACGACCUGGAAGCUGGUGCCCUUAUUGUCACGGAGAAUGCUGAGCUCAAGAAGCGGCUUGGAGAGGAGAAGAACUGGCUGCAAGACUACGCAAAACCAGUCACUCUUGAUGAUUUCGCAAGGACCGAAAGGAGAGUCGGUCUUCAUGUCCGAAUAGCCAUGUGGAUCGUCAAAGCUGUUGGUGGUGCGCUGUAACUGUGUCGUGGUAUCUCAUUCGAAUUGUCGAGAAAGACGCAUCGUCCAUGCGAUCACCAUCUCGCUUAUCCAGAUUCAGGUUGGCCCCCGAACUUGUGCUGCUCUACCCCGGAACUGGCGGCGACCGGCAACGAGACUUGGGGUUAUGUCCGGAUAUGGCCUGGAGCCACGCCCUCCGCAUCUAAUUUACUCGAGCAUGAUACCCCUAAUAAAUAUAGUUUUAAUUCCGUGUCGAUUGUUAUUCGUCCUUUGACUCAGGUACGCAAACGAAACCGCGCAUCGUAAUUAAUUCGCC